AUGUCCGACUCCGAUACCACACGCGACCAACCCUCCACUACGCCGCAGAUCGACCCCUCCGCCGCCCUCUCCUUCACCAUAUGGCCCCCCACUCAGCGCACCCGUGACGCCGUCGUCAACCGCCUCAUCGAGACCCUCUCCGCCCCCUCCGUCCUCUCCAAACGCUACGGCACUCUCACGUUCGAUGAAGCCUCCGCCGCCGCCCACCAGAUCGAGGAUGACGCCUUCUCAACCGCCGAUGCCUCCGCCGUGACUUCCGCUGACGGCAUUGAGACCCUCCAGUUCUACUCCAAGGAGAUCAGCAAGCGCAUGCUCGACACUGUCAAGGCUAGAGCUCCGCCGGAUCCAGCUGCCGUAGAAGGCGUCGCCACCGUCGUCUCCGAAUAG